AUGUCUCGAGAGGCAGAUGUGGAAUGUCAGCAGUCCCAGGAUGCCUCUUCUCAGCCAGCUGCUGCUGCUGCCUCCCCGCCGUCCCAUGGCCUAUCCUCUCAGCCCCACAGCUCCUCGCAGUCCCCUAGCAUCUUGCAGCCCCCUUCAUCCUCGCAGCCCUGCAGCUCUUCACAGACUCAUAACACAUCCAGCUCCUCCUCUGGCACAGUAACCCAGUCCAGUCAGUCUUCUCACUCCAGUUCCGGGACUCUGAGUUCCUUGGAUACAGUGUCCACUCAGGAGCUCUGCUCUAUUCCUGAGGAUCAAGAGCCAGAGGAACCACUCCCUGUCCCCUGGGCUCGGUUAUGGGCCCUUCAGGAUGGAUUCUCCAAUCUUGAAUGUAUUAACGACAACUACUGGUUUGGGAGAGACAGAAGCUGUGAAUAUUGCUUUGAUGAGCCUCUCCUGAAAAGAACAGACAAAUACCGGACAUAUAGCAAGAAACACUUUCGGAUUUUCAGGGAAAUGGGUCCUAAAAACUCUUACAUCGCAUACAUAGAGGAUCACAGUGGGAACGGAACCUUUGUAAAUAGACUGCUUGUAGGGAAAGGAAGACGCCUUCCUUUGAGCAACAAUUCUGAAAUUGCCCUUUCAGUAUGGAGUAAUAAAGUUUUUGUAUUUUUUGAUCUCACUGUGGAUGACCAGUCAGUUUAUCCUAAGGAAUUAAGAGAUGAAUAUAUCAUUUCAAAAACUCUUGGAAGUGGUGCCUGUGGAGAAGUGAAGCUGGCUUUCGAGAGGAAAACAUGUAAGAAAGUAGCUAUAAAGAUCAUCAGCAAAAGGAAGUUUGCUAUUGGCUCAACAAGAGAGAUGGAUCCAGCUCUCAACGUUGAAACAGAAAUAGAAAUUCUGAAAAAGCUAAAUCAUCCUUGCAUCAUCAAGAUUAAGAACUUUUUUGAUGCAGAAGAUUAUUACAUUGUUUUGGAGUUGAUGGAAGGAGGAGAGCUGUUUGACAGGGUUGUAGGCAACAGACGUCUGAAAGAAGCUACCUGCAAACUCUAUUUUUAUCAGAUGCUCCUGGCUGUACAGUACCUUCACAGAAAUGGCAUUAUACACCGGGACUUAAAGCCAGAGAAUGUCCUACUCUCAUCGCAAAAAGAGGACUGUCUUAUAAAGAUCACUGAUUUUGGGCAGUCCAAGAUUCUAGGAGAGACCUCUCUCAUGAGGACCUUAUGUGGUACCCCCAACUAUUUGGCUCCAGAGGUUCUCCUGUCCUUUGGGACUGCUGGGUAUAGCCGUGCUGUGGACUGCUGGAGUUUAGGUGUUAUUCUUUUUAUCUGCCUUAGUGGGUAUCCACCUUUCUCUGAGCAUAAGACUCAAGUGUCACUGAAGGAUCAGAUCACCACGGGAAAAUACAACCUCAUUCCUGAAGUCUGGGCAGAGGUCUCAGAGAAGGCUCUAGACCUUGUCAAGAAGCUGUUGGUCGUGGAUCCCAAGAAACGUUUCACCACAGAAGAAGCAUUAAGACACCCGUGGCUUCAGGAUGAAGACAUGAAAAGAAAGUUUCAGGAGCUGCUUUUGGAAGAAAAUAAACCAGCAGUCCUGCCCCAGAUUCCACCACAGCCUUCCACCAGUCGCAAGCGGCCCCGAGAAGGGGAAGCGGAGGAGGCCGACACCCCAAAGCGCUUGGCUGUGUACGCUGCCGUCUCUUGAGCACUGCCCUUUGAACAGUGGGAGAAACGCACCUUCUUGAAUUCUG